AAGAAAGAAAGAGCGUUGUGUGUUUGUGUAUCCUCAGUGUUUUUCUUUCUUGCGUGUUUCAUUGAGUGUAAACAGAGUCUUGUCUCUGUGUAUUUAAGCGUUGAGACACGCAGGACACUACAGUGUGUGACAGUAAACAGAGCUUACAGGAGGAUCAAACCUCCACAGAGUCUCUGGAUUCUGUCUGUAACGCUGGAGAACAGCAGCAGAUCCUGCAGACCAAACUGAAGAUGUGUUCAGUUAAACUCAUCGACUGCAUGAACCUCAUGAUGAAGAUUAAAACUGAACCCACAGAAAUUAAAACUGAACCCACAGAAAUCAAAACUGAACCCACAGAAGAGGAAGAUCGCACUGAGGAAGAUGAUGAUUUGAUUCCAUCAGAUGUGAAGAGUGAUUCAUGUUUGGAUAUAGAAAUAACGUCCUCAACAUCAAAAGAGCGACUGACAGCACAAACUCUUUCCUGCAUCACCUGUGGAAAGACAUUCAGCUCACAGAGACAUUUAGAGAGACAUGAGAGAAAACACACAGAACAGAAACUCUUCACCAGAUCUGAGAUCAGCUUUACUAUCUUACAAGAGAAGAAACUUCAUUCAGAAGACCACAGAGAGAAGAAGAAGAAGAAGAAGAAGCAGUUUCACUGUGCGCAGGGUGGGAAGAUUUGUGUCUCUUCCUCUGAUCUAAAUGUUCACAUGAGGACACACAGUGGUGAAAAGCCUUUCAACUGCACUGAAUGUGGAAAAUACUUCAGAACCAAACAAAAUCUUGAUAUUCAUCAGAGAGUUCACACAGGAGAAAAACCUUUCAAAUGCUCUCAGUGUGACAAGACAUUUGCUCAGUUACGUUCAUUGAAAGCCCAUACAGGUGAUAAACCUUUCAAAUGCUCUCAGUGUGACAUGACCUUCGCUCAGUCAGGUCACUUGAAAGCCCAUGAGAGAUUUCAUACAGGUGAAAAACCUUUCAAAUGCUCUCAAUGUGACAUGACGUUUACUUGUUCAAGUAACUUAAAAGUCCAUCAGAGAGUUCACACUGGAGAGAAACCUUAUCACUGUAGUCUCUGUGGUAAGAGUUUUAGUCAACGGGCUUCAUUACUAAAUCACAAGAGAAUUCAUACAGGUGAAAAACCUUACAAAUGCCCUCAGUGUGACAUGACGUUUGCUCAGUUAGGUUCCUUAAAAUCCCAUCAGAGUCUUCAUACUGGAGAGAAACCUCAUUACUGUAAUGUUUGUGGAAAGAGUUUUAGACAACAAUUUGAAUUAAUAAUUCACAAGAGAAUUCAUACAGGUGAAAAACCUUUUAAAUGCUCUCAGUGUGACAAGAUGUUUUCUCAGUCAAGUCACUUGAUAUCCCAUCAGAGAGUUCACACUGGAGCAAAACCUUACGUCUGUGCUCAAUGUGGAAAGAGCUUGUCUGGUUCAUCUCAAUUAAAAGUUCAUCAAAGAGUUCAUACUGGAGAGAAACCUUAUCACUGUAGUGUCUGUGGGAAGAGUUUUAGUCUAAAGGCUACCUUACUAAAGCACAAGAGAAUUCAUACAGGUGAAAAACCUUUCAAAUGCUCUCAGUGCGACAAGACGUUUACUUGUUCAAGUAACUUAAAAGCCCAUCAGAGAGUUCAUACUGGAAAGAAACCUUAACACUGUAAUGUUUGUGGGAAGAGUUAAUCAACAGUCAAACUUUGUAAAGCACCAGAGACCUUGAUAAGGUUAUGACACCAAAAUCUUGUAUAAAGUUUUAAAUAUUGUAAAAUAAGAGCAAAUAAUCAAAUUAUGAGCAAUAUCACAGAUAAAUAGAACAGAACAAACAUACAAAUGAAAUAAAACUGUGCUGCUCAUGGUUUCAGAUUGAUCUAACAGUACUUUAUUAUUGAGGACAAAAAAUUACUUAAAGGUCCCAUUUUUGAAAGUUUUAUUUUAGGUUAUGAUGUCCUAAAGGGAUAGUUCACACAAAAAUGAAAUUUCUGUUAUUUUUUACUUACUUUCAUGUUGUUAGAAACCUGUAUCAAUUUCUUUGUUCUGAUGAACACGAGGGAAGAUAUUUUGAGGAAAGUUUGAAAUAAAGACAUUUGUGAGCCCCAGUAGCUUCCAUAGUAUAAUUUUUUCUUACUAUGAAAGUGUUGUUCUUUGACGGUUCUUUUAUGAGUGAAAUAUACAUUUGAAAUAACGUUACCCGUGAAAGUAAACUAAACAUUAGUUUCUGUACACUAAAUGGGCCGGUGUCUGUAACUUAAAGUGACACUUUGUAGUUUUUCAACCUUCAUAAUAUAUUUUCAAGACCCUUGUGAAUGUACAUCGACUUAAAAUUGGUUAAAUGACAUGUCUACCAUAGCCUGAUGGGGUCUGUAAAGCUUUUACUCGUACUUUUAAACUUGGGGUUUCGGGUAGUAACUAGGGCUGGGUAUCGAUUCAGAUGUUCCAAAUCGAUUCGAUUUAGAUUCACAAGCUAUCAGGUCUAUUUGAUUUCGAUUCUCGGUUCAAUUGUCGAUUCCGAUUCUCAGGUUGGUUUUUAUACUCGAUUCUCAAUUCAACUCAAUGAAUAUAGAUUUAAUACAAAUACUAUAUUAAUAAAAAAGAACCGUGAACAGCAGUUUACAGCAGUGGGUAAUUAAUACAAAGAAAUUAAAAGUCACAACACUAUCGUCGUCGUCUUGCUUGUGAAAUCUAAAAUGCUUCCAUACCUCUGACUUUUUAUGUGAAGGUGGCAUCAACGUCGACGAAGCACCUGAAACACUAUUUUAAGCACUGAAUGAAUGAAUGACAGGCUCGCCUCUCACUCCUUGGUAACAUCGCCCCAUGCAAAAAAGAGGGUGACAUCUAGUGGAGAAGACUAGUAAUUAGAUUAACGUCAAUCUUACGUUCAAUGGGUCUCAUUCAUGAAACAUUCGUAAAUAUAUGAGUAAAUAUGUGAGUGAUUUGCACGUAAACAGACCUUCCCGAAAACUCUCCUCCUGAUUCACAAAUACUUCGUAAACGUCAGAUUUGAUAGUUAAAUGUGUGUAUGUGUUAAUGAAUUCCUAUCAAUCGUACAUGGCACGCUUAUUCUCAAUUACCAUAAAUACUGCCCAUUAAAUCCGACUGAAAACUAUAUAUGGGCAUCAUAUUAUGACACCAAACGAAGGAUUUCAACAUGUCUUCUUAAAAGCAAAUGAAAAAGAAAAAUGUAUCAGAUGCAGAAAUUGAAGUUUCAUUAUCAGAAGUUAAUUCAAAAAGUCACAUUUUAUUUUCAAGCAUACAAAGUGGCGUCUCAGGUCCUAAAAUAAAGGAAGCUUGGCAGCACAUUACAGAUAAUGUUAAUGAAAUUUCAUCUGUUAAUCGAACUGAAACUUGACUGCAAAAAACGAAUUAGUUAACUUCAAAAAAAUCUUAUUCAAAAUAAAAAAAUAUAAUUGUAGAGAAUAUACACAAGCAGUUUAGCAUUUGAGCAGAUUUAACUUUUCACAAAAGAACUGGUCUGGCCUGAAACAACUCAUUAACCAGUCUUCAUUCUCGGCAAGUAAGUCUGCGCGUCUCUGAAAAUACGCCUUUUGCGCAGCGCUCUGCCAAAUCUAUAUAUUAGCCAUCGUAAAUGUGUUAUGCCUGAUUUUGGCCAUUUUAUAGGAAACAAUUUCCUUAACAAUUUCGUUUGCCCAGCCCUAUUGAAAUCAAUAAUGUAUUUGAUUAAAGUGUUCCGUUUGCAGUUGCUAUUACUGGAGCUUAAGUUAAAAGAAAAAACUUGUAUAAUUACUGUAUAAUAUUUUUUACAAAAUGCUGUGUAAUAUGUACAUGAUUAUGGUGAAUUAAAAUACAGCCUUCUUGAUGAGCAAAACGUUCGGAUGUUAAACGCACCAUUUACGCGUGGCUGGGAGCAGGUGUAGAUUUCUUUCGUACCAACUAACAUUUGGAAAAUACGCACAUUUUCAUGAAUCCGAAAAUGUACGCCAAAAGGACUUUACGAACGAUUUACACAAAAAUUCGUUAUGCUCGUGUUUCAUGAAUGAGACCCAUUGUUUGCGGAAAUAUAUGAAAGAAAAAAAUCGAUUCUGCUCUUUGAGAAUCGAUUUUGAAUCGACCACGUUUAAAAAAAAAAACGAUUAAUCGAAAAAUCUGCUUUACGGCAUACGUCAAUUUCUCCACUUCCUCAAAUUCAGACGGAACACUCUUUUACAUAAAUUUUACUGGAUUAGUUUAGAGAGAGACUUAUAUCAUGUGACAUUGUGGCAUCGUCGGGGCAUCAUGGACCUUCGACAUGGGCGAUCCGGGUUUGAUUCCCCUUUAGGGCAAUAUUUUUUUUAAAUAUAAACUUUAACCAAGCAACCACCGUUAGAACUGGCUAGUGAACAUGAGCUACGCAAUUUUUUGGCGUUUGAUGAAAAUAAAACCCAUAAAAUUAUAUUAUAUGACACAUGACAUGCUGGAAGGCACACUUUGUGACCUAAAGAGUUGUCUUCUUUUCCUUUGUGACAGUGCUGCGGCGCUUCUGGCCUCUAGGGGUGCUAGAUGUGGAAAAAUACAUGUCUAGCACCCCCUAGUGGGCAAAAAGUUCCAUGGCGUGCCUUUAAGUAAAAAAACAAUUUGAUUUCCAACAGAUAUUUUAUUAAAACUUGUGGCUACCAAAGACUUUAGAAUUACAAAUCAACACAUUAGCAUCACAUCAUUUACAAUAUAUAAUUUUAGUUUUCUCUGGCUUCAUAAUGUAACUUAAGAGGGCUGCAUGAUAAAUCGCAUGCGAUUGUGUCGCGCAUCUCGUCAGUGGCAGCCGACGAAUGGCUAAUUGAACAUCUUUAACUUUUAGCGCCUAGCAGCAUGUGCUACCCACGUGAAGACCUGACAUGACGUCAAUGCCUUAAAAGUACUUUUUUUAUGAGGUAAUGUGCCGUUAAACAGUGUAUGUGUCCGGGAGCACACAAACUGUUCAGAACUAUAUGCAAUAGUGUCAAUUUGUGUUGUUUUUUAUAUUUUAUUUACACAUUUAUAAUUUUUAUAUUACAUUUAUCUAUUUUAUAAACUCUUGUUAUGUGUUAAAGUCAUUAAUUUUAUAUUGUGUGCUAUGUGAUGUUGUCAUUAAUUGUAAAUUAACUUGGCUUGGUAUAAAAAAACUGAGAAAGGAACUGUUCAG